AUGGCGGAACCGUUCAGAGCCAUCGUUGUUGGCGCAGGGCCAGUUGGACUGAUUAUUGCACAUGCGCUUUCAGCUGCUGGCAUUGAUUUUAUUUGUUUGGAGCAGAGGGGCCGCCUGCUGGAUGACCUCGGCGCCAGCCUUGUACUGCAUCCACCUACUCUACGUGUUCUGAACCAAUUGGGCCUGUACGAUGAUCUGCUAGCUAUCUGCAAUGAGAUACAUCAGCAAACAACAAUGAUUGCAUCGACAGGAGAGCAAUGGGACAGUUCUGGGCUAACAAGCACAAUUAUGCAAAAUCAUGGCAUACCCCUCAUGACAUUCCAUCGCGCAGAACUAAUGAAAGUCCUCUAUGAUGGGCUUUGCAAAGAGGCUAGGCUUAAAAUACUGACGUCCAAGACCGUCACCAGUAUCGAAAGCCAGGAUUCUGGUGUUACCGUCGACUGCAGCGAUGAGACUGUAUACAGAGGCUCAGUCGUCAUUGGAGCAGAUGGAACAAACAGUGUCACCAGGAAGUUGAUGCAUGGAAUUGCAACAAAAGAUGUUCCAGAAUCUCUUUGGGGCCCAUUCAUGCCCUACAAAAGCGAGUUUGACUGCCUCUGGUGCACCUGUCCGCCCAUGAUCGAGCCGGGCCAUUACUUUGAAACACAGCACCGAGGUCUGUCUGUUAUUACGCUCACCGGAAAGCAGCGAAACUGGCUUCUUUUGUUUGAAAAGAAAUCCGAGGCCUCGCGAUCCCGGCAAAAGACAUCCGACGACGACUUGCAGCAGUUUGCUGCCAGGUUCUUCUCCUUCCCUGCCUGCCCACAGUUUACUGUCGAGGACAUGUUUGCACAGCGAAUAACGGCUGGCCUCACAAGGCUGGAUGAAGGAAUGACAAAGCAUUGGUUCUACGGCCGCAUGGUGCUUGUGGGCGAUGCCUGCCAUAAAAUGACACCGAAUGCCGGCUUUGGCUUCAACAACGGUGUGCAGGACGCUGUUGUGCUUUGCAAUGGCCUGCAAAAGCUGGUUCGGGAGGACUCGUCGGCCGGCGUACAACCUGGUCAGCUAAGAGACGUGUUUGCGCAAUAUGAGGCAUCCCGACAAGAGCAAGUGCGCAGGGACUUGUCCUUUUCGGCACACUUUACGCGCAUACAGGCUUGGGAUAACUGGAUCUACUAUUUGUUCGCGCGCUGGAUUCGGCCGCUGAAGAUUGCGCAGCGCUGGUCGGCAGAGAAGAUAUCGCAUUAUUUUAGUAAAGCAAGCGUCUUGAACUAUGUUUUUGCCAAGGAGCCGUUUCAUGGCUUGCUGCCCUGGCAGAAUAGCUCAAUGGGCGCUUCUUGA